AUGGGUAACAAGGUUUUCUUCGAUAUUGAGUGGGAGGGCCCCGUCUUCCAGAACGGCAAGCCUACCUCCACCAUUCAGAGCCAGCGUGGUCGCAUUAACUUCAACCUCUACGACAAGGAGGUCCCCAAGACCGCUGAGAACUUCCGUGCUCUCUGCACUGGCGAGAAGGGUUUCGGCUACAAGGGUUCUUCUUUCCACCGAAUCAUCCCCGACUUCAUGCUCCAGGGUGGUGACUUCACCCGUGGCAACGGCACUGGUGGCAAGUCCAUCUAUGGUGAGAAGUUCGCCGACGAGAACUUCAAGCUCACCCACGACCGCCCCGGUCUGCUGUCCAUGGCCAACGCUGGUCCCAACACCAACGGUUCUCAGUUCUUCAUCACCACUGUCGUUACUUCUUGGCUCAACGGUCGCCACGUCGUUUUCGGCGAGGUCGCUGAUGAGGAGUCCAUGAACGUCGUCAAGGCUCUUGAGGCUACCGGCUCCGGCAGCGGUGCUGUCAAGUACCAGAAGCGUGCCACCAUUGUCGACUCUGGUGAGCUGUAA